GUUCAGCACCCAAAGUCGAAGGAUAGCUCUGGCCUUUCAAUGGAAGAAAGUGCUAGAUUUGUCAGUGUUGUAUAAUAUAACCAAUUCUCAGUGUCCAUGUUUGUUUGGGAACGAUCGGAAUUGUCUACAUUUACUGUGAAGGACACAAUUGGCGUCAAACAUGCGUAAAAACCAACGCUAUCCAAGCAGGGAACCACCGAGAAAGGAAUUAUCGCCGCUCAUCUGAGGCCGAUCUCCAUUAUUUUUGUCAAAUAAGGAAACAUAACACAGCUAGCAAGCUAACGUUAGCUCCGCAUAUAGCUAGACGAGUCUUCACACAGAAAGCUGAGAUUUUAGCAGAUAAUCAGGAUUGGAUCUACAAUCGCACAGCAGCAGGAAAACCUAUAGGCAGCAAUGGGUGCAUUCCUGGACAAGCCGAAGACGGAGAAACAUAGUGCCCACGGUGAGGGCAAUGGGCUGCGUUACGGCCUGAGCUCCAUGCAAGGCUGGAGGGUGGAAAUGGAGGACGCCCACACAGCUGUGGUGGGCCUUCCCCAUGGACUCACCGACUGGUCUUUCUUUGCUGUCUACGAUGGUCACGCUGGCUCCCGGGUGGCCAACUACUGUUCUGGUCACCUGCUGGAGCACAUCUUGUCAGGAGGGGCUGAAUUUGCUUCAGGACCCAGCUCUGUGGAAGGCGUGAAAGACGGCAUCCGCUCUGGCUUCCUGAACAUUGACGAGUAUAUGCGCAGCUUCUCAGACCUGCGGCAGGGCCUGGACCGCAGCGGAUCAACGGCAGUAUGCGUGUUGCUCAGCCCGACCCACCUCUACUUCAUUAACUGCGGUGACUCACGGGCUGUGCUUAGUCGAGACAGCAAGGUGGGCUUCUCCACCCAAGACCACAAGCCCUGCAACCCACGUGAAAAGGAGCGCAUCCAGAAUGCUGGCGGCUCAGUCAUGAUCCAGAGGGUAAACGGUUCCCUGGCUGUGUCCCGGGCCCUAGGGGACUACGACUACAAAUGUGUGGAUGGUAAGGGCCCCACGGAGCAGCUGGUGAGCCCUGAGCCUGAGGUAUGUGUGUUGGAGCGGGUAGCCGAAGGAGACGAGUUUAUAGUCCUGGCGUGCGAUGGGAUCUGGGAUGUCAUGUCUAACGAGGAGCUGUGUGAGUUUGUCCACUCUCGACUUCUGGUGUGUGACGACCUUGAGAAGGUCUGUAACUCAGUGGUGGACACCUGCUUGCAUAAGGGGAGCAGGGACAAUAUGAGUGUGGUGCUGGUGUGUUUCUCUGCGGCUCCCAAGAUCUCAGAGGAGGCUGUGAAGAAGGAAGAGGAAUUGGAUAAAUACUUGGAAACCCGUGUUGAGGGGCUUAUGGGAAACUGUGGAGAGGCUGGAGUCCCUGACCUGGUAUCUGUCCUAAGGAGCAUUGCCUCAGAGAACAUCCCCAACCUUCCUCCUGGUGGAGGCCUGGCCAGCAAGCGGAGUGUGAUCGAGGCGGUGUACAACAGGCUGAACCCUCACAGAGAAGAAGAAGGGGCCUGUGCGGGGGGAGAGGAGGAGGAGGAGGAGAGUGAGGAGGGAGGUGGCAGCACGGCAGCUCAUCUGCUGGAGGCUCUUCGGCAGUUCCGCAUGCACCACCGGGGGCAGUACCGCUCGGUGUUGGAGGAGUCCCUGGCUACCUACCAUCUGCGGGGGGAGAGUGCUGUUGAGAGAGCAGGGGAGAGAAGGAGGACGACCGACGACUGUGACAACCAGGACGAACCCGCCUCCCCUCCCUCUCCCCCUUCGCCCCCGCCCUCACCCGCCAUUGCAGAGCUGGAGGCCAGCCAAGACGAGCCCAUCCCAAAGUCUGAUCCCUCCUCUGACUGACCACCUGCCUGUAUACCCAACCACCCUCUCAUCCAUCCUAUCCCAGAGCUCUAGUGAGAUGUGCUAUGACCUCUCCUCCUCUGUCCUUCAUCGCAGAACUUGAAUGGCCACAUCGGCCACGUCCAGCUUUGUAUUUGAAUAAUUCAUUAGGAACAACAAAAAGGGCUUUUCUGUCCAUUCAAGUUCUGUAUCUGAGACAUACAUAUAUAUAUCUAUAUACCUUAGAUGUGGACUCUUUGAUUUUUCUUCCUUUUUGUUUCUUCUGACCACUUUGGCUUGGAUUCCCAAACUUAAACUUGAUCACAGAAGCAGAUUUAUUAACUAAUUUUCAUGGUAAACAAAAUAAAAAUAUAACAAGCAAAAGUGGCUAGUGAAGCCAAAGUGAACAUUGCACUCUAUGGCUUACAUUUAUCAGUAUUUGCUUCUGGCUGACCCCACCCUCAACCCCACCCUUAAGCCUCACCCCCACACCUUCAUACAGUGGAGGAACUGACAAAGAAAACACGAGGAGACAUUCUGAACUGCAGCUGUGCAACCUUUUGCACUGUCUCCAGGCCUACUCCAUCUACAGACUCAGAACACACUCUUCUUGUGUUUUUGUAUGUGUGUUUAUGUGUGCGUGUCUGCAUGAGUUUGAGUGACCGAGCAAGAGCCCAGUAAUCACUACUGAAAUGUGUGUUUCUGAUUGCUUGCGAUACUUGACAGUUACACAGUCCAUCAGCUGCUCAGCGAUGGUAGGUUGUUCAAACCAGUCUGGGUGCAAAUUAAGUCUUUGCAGCUUCCACAUGAUUACAUAAAAAAAUAAUAAAUUGCUUGAUACUGUUAUUGGUGGGGUAGAGUGCGGUGGGGGUGUAAAUGUUCAGACUCAGGCUCUUUGAAAAGUAGAAAGCAAAGUUAUUAAGUGGAUAAAAUUUUGGUGCCAGAGCGGCAAUUAUAGUUCUCCCUAAAAAUGUUUAGUCCUGCACUGAGGUGUUUUUGUUUUUGUUUGUUUUGUUAUGUUUUUACAGCAACACGCGCAUAGCCACAUUAUCUUAAAAUGCUAAGCACUACAUUGUAUGAUGCGACCUACAUUUGUACUAACAGCUGUUUGAUUGGAUGGCGUGUUCACAGCUUAGCACUAGUAUUUCAAACUGGAAACGUGCGCCUUACUAACAGAACGUUAGCAUUAAUUAGUAUAACCUGUGGAACCAUAGACUGUAUAUAAAAGAUGAACGUAGUUCCGGGUCUGAAAAGUAUGUAGAAGUGCCAUAAACCUGGAUUCCUUCUAAUUCCCAGUCUCAAUUUGUAGUUUCAAGUCAUCUGUAAUACAAAAUUAUGCUCAUUUUGUAAAUUUUGGUCCCAAUUCAGGUCAAAAAUGUGUAUCCUUUAGGGUGGGUCUACCUUCUCGCUUCUGUAAUCCAGUUUGAAUACAAAAACAGUAAAAACUCUCACUAACCAAUGGGCAAGAUAAUGUUGGCUCCUGCUAUCUUUUGUUUACAGUCUAUGUUGCAAACCUAUUGUUGGCAGUUUUACCAAAGCUGCUAUUCUGACAAAGUGCAUCGAUCAGUGAAAGGCAAACUGUAAAAACUGGUAACUGCUGAUAAGAUUAGGACAUGGGUGACAUUGGGACUCCUCUGCUUUGAUUACAUCAGUUCUGUCAGUCUAAAGGUAGCACACCAUGUGGGAUGGCGACCACAAGUAUUCCUGCCUUCUCGAUCUUACCUUACAAAAGUGAUACGUAUACAUAUCGGUGGGACGGCCGAUGUCAUACUGUUCACCUGUGGUGAAUUACACUCGGACCACAGUUGAUAUGUUUCAUGUGCGAUGGCUCUCUGUCUGUAAUCAGUUCAAGGUAUUAUUAAUAAUCAAGGUUUUCCAAGAGUCCUUUGUAGCUUUUGUUUAAAAAAAACCCCACAUUGCAGCAUAUUAUAUUCCUCACAGGUUGUGCCAUUGCCUGUACAGAACGACUCAAUCUUAAACACUUACCUCGAUGUAAAAGAUAUAUUGAAACUAACUCCUUCACCUGCAGGGUUUAUUCUUUUUCAGGUAGAUGGAGGUUAUUGUGAGUCUGUACAAGCCCUGUAUUCUGGUAAUGCAUGCGCUGCACUUACCUUUUCAAUAUCUAAAGCACUUAACUAUCAGAGGGGAGGUAAUGCUAAACGGCGUACGUGCGUGUGUAUGUGUGUGCUCGCGCCUGUAUGUAUGAGCUGUAUUUCUAUGAUUUCUAUGUGGUUGUGUGGAACAGGUUAGUUCUGCAAAUGAGAAAUAAAAAGGAUUUGAGGUAUAAUGCAAUGAUUUGUGUCAACUGUGUCUCACUGUAAACUAACUGUAUGUAUUUAUGUCUUGGGGUUUAUUUUUUUCUAUUUUUCGUGUAGGCCCUGUACCAAAUCAGUCAUCUUGCAGAUCAGGGGUUGUCAUAAGGAGUUCAAAAUUCACAUUUUUCCAUGCAGAAGUGAUUGUUUUUCAUGAUUAAGCAUUCCAAUCCCAAUGCAACAUGGUGACAUUUGAUACAGGACUGUUCCCUGACACUUUUAGUAGACCUUUACUCCGUUUAUUGUGUUGUGUAUGUGUCUGUGUAGGCUGUGAAGUAUUCGGAAACUGCUGAAGCUUCCUUGCUCUCCUCUGUCAGCUGUUAGCUCGAGCCUUGACCUCGUCUCGGCUGCUUGAAGACAUUUUAAAGAGUCGUCUCCUUUAAAACAAAAGCAGCUCUCAGGUUUGAAAACUCAAACUGAGCGAGGAGCGAGAGGAAGCCAUGUAGACUAUAGGGACUCCAUUCUCUCCAUUCCUCCCCUGUUUUUCAGUCUGACAGCUGGCCUCGUGAUUCUCCGCAAGAGUGCCGGUGACCUGGAUGACCCUUGGUAGCUGCGGCAAGAAACCCCGUCUCCUCCUGGUGAUCCGUGCGUCCACUCGGGGAGGAGGAGUGUCUCUCCAUUGCGCCAUGUCUUUCUCCACUAAAAGAGGACACGUGGUGUGUGCUGGAGCGCGUGAGUGUGCGUAUGUUGGUUGUGUGUGUGUGUGUGUGUGUGUGCGCGCGUGUGUCUGUGUGUGUGUGUUUGCAGCAGUGGGACAAAGACGAUGACGAAGACAACUACUACACACAUGCAUACUGCUUUAAACCUGGAGGAAAAACCUGAAUCACUUCUCUGAAAAAAAUAUUUUAUGAACUGAAGCAUUGUGAUGGUAGAGAUGAUUUUUACCAUUGAGGUGUUUUUGUUUUUCUUUUCUUUUCUUGAAUGUUGAUGCCUGACUUCACAAUGACAUGAGGACCUAUCGUGUGUGUGUGGUGCGUGUUCGUUUGUGUGUAUGCGAGAGAGUUUGUGUGUGAGAGUGUUUCGAGGAGGGCCAAGAGGAGACAAAUGGUGGAUAAAGACUUUGUAUGUAAUUCUUCGUCUCCUGGACUGUUUUUUUGUGCUCCUAGGUCUGAUAAACACCUAACACAUUUGCUUCUUCCCUCUUAAAAGACACAGACACACACACACACACACACACUCCCUCUAUCUCACACAGACACUCUAAACCAUAAACCCCCCCACACCCCCUCCCCACUUCCACCUGUGCACGUAUGUGAUGUGCCACCUUCGCAGGGCACUGCAUGAGGACUUUGGUUCUACAUGUACAGCUACGUGGUUUUUCUAAUCGACCAGGAUGGACAGCCAUUGGUUGAGAUGGACUAAACCUGAGGGACCUCUGGACACUGAUAGGCUCCUGAGGUUUGAAAAGCAGAGAUGAUUUGGAUUUUAUUUUUCUUGUUUUUGUUAGGUUGAUGACAAUGAUAAUCAUGAUGGGGAAAUGGGAGGUUAUCAAUGAAGAGCCGCGGGCAAGUUGGACUCAUGGCGUCGCGGUUGAUGGUUUGGAUUGGGUGGGGGAGAAGGGGUGGAGGCAGUUCAGUAGUCUCCUCGGUCUUCCUCCCCACCAUGACGGUUGGAGGUGCACAUGACAGCAGACUGUCCUUGUUUUUUUUCUCCUUUGUUUUGGAUGUUGUCCAUGAGGUUACUAGCUGCUCGCUGUGUAGAGUGAGUGAACUCCCUGUUUUAACCCUGUUCUUGGUUCUCAGACUGCAUUGGUAAUGUUUGUAUUGCUGUUGUUUGAUUGCACUCACAUUUGAUUACAGAAAGCGUCUAUAUAUGAAAUAAAAUACCUGCCAAGGAUCCUGUGGUGGCUGCGUGAAUCACUAACUGAAGUCACAUCACUUGAGUUGUGUGUAGAAAUAACAUUUGUGUACCGCCAGAGUAAAACUAGUAUGUAGGAAGUGGUUUGACAGAAAAUGCUGAAUUUGUCAGAGCUGGACAUUUGUGCUUAAAACUGUAAAAUUAGAGAAAUGGGGAAGCUAAAGAAAGCAUUGCACAAAAUGCUGUUGUCCUUUUAAAUAACAAUAAAAAGACGGCAUAUAAAAAGUGUUUAAAAUGGAUUUGAUCAUUGAAUUAGGCAUAUUAAGCCUAAAGUUAUUUACAGAAUGUUUUAAGUGUUCAUAUACACUCAGUAUAGGAAUGAAUGUCUUGGUACUUUUGGACUUUUAAGGAUUUCUUUGAACUUUUCGGGGGGGGGGGUGUUAGCGUGGAACGCUUACAUAGCAUAAAUCUGUAACUACUUUAAAAAAACAAGAUUUGGGUGCACAAGUACAUAUCUAAACUAACAUUUGGUUAAAUGUCUCUUAGCAAGCUGCACUUCAACCAGACAUAUUUUGGUUGAAAGUAGUCCUCCAUUAUUCCAUCCACUUUGCAAUGUAACAGUACCACAAUCAGGAAAGCAGCCCCAGAGCAUGGUAUUACCACGACCAUGCUUGACAGUUGGUGCAAUGUUCUUAGGUCUGAACGCCUCACUUUAUCCUCCAAAUAUGCUUUCUAUCACUGUGGACAAAUAGUUCAAUCUUUAUUACAUCAAAUUGUGAAACUUUUCUCCAGAAGGCAUUUGCUUUGUCCACGAGGACAGCUCCAAAUUUCAGUCGAGGUUGAGGGUGCUGAUUUUGAAGCAGAUUGGCACCCACUCAGUCCAUGAUGAUGUAACACUCACUUCACUGUGGAUGGUGACACUGGUGUUUCUGCAGUUUCCAUUUUUUUUGCAGAUUUGAGCCUCAUUGGUUCCUGUACAACCCAACCAUGAAUGUUUGGGUUUUCAUCCACACCUUGUUAAAGUGACCUUCCCAAUAUGUCACAGUUCUCUUUAGAUCUUCACUGCGCUCCUUUGGACUUUUGAAUUGUUCUGAGAGUUGGUCAAAUGAGCACUGUCCAACUGAUCUUUUUUAUGCUGGCAAAAAGAAACUACCAGUUGUAGUCAUACUAAAAAGGUGAGCGCAUGUAUGUAUUUGAGCCUGUGGGGAUAUUUUAGACCAUGUGUGGAUUAGAGAAAAUCUCGACUUGUGCACUCAGUUCUUGUUUUUAAAGUCAUUAAAGAUGUGCAAUCCUCGGGAAAAGAGCAGUUCAAAGAAAUUGUUAAAAUUGCUAUGACAUGCAUGCCCAUGAUGAGUGUAUGUAAACUUCUGACCACGACUGUACAUACUGUAGAUUAUACAACCUUUUUAUAACGCCACGGAAAAGUUAGAACAGAGCAAACUGCGUCAUUGCCGAUGGAAUUUGUAUGUCUUCAGUA